ACGAAGUCUUCGAAGACGGAAGACUUGCUGGCAAUGGUGAAGAAGCUACAGAAAGAGGGAAGCCUGGAGCCACAGAUAGAAGACCUGAUUCAUCGAAUCAAUGAGUUGCAACAAGCAAAGAAGAAGUCCAGUGAGGAGUUGGGAGAAGCCCAAGCUCUCUGGGAGACCCUGCACAGGGAAUUGGACUCUUUGAAUGGAGAGAAAGUGCACCUAGAGGAGGUCUUGAGUAAAAAGCAAGAAGCACUGAGGACCCUUCAGCUGCACAGCCAGAUGAAGUCAAGUGAGGAUCAGAGGUUGCAUGUGGAAGAACAGCUGGAGGAUUUGAUGGGCCAGCAUAAGGACCUCUGGGAAUUCCAGAUGCUGGAGCAGCGACUGGCCUGGGAGAUCUGUGCCCUGCAGAGCAGCAAGGAUCAGCUGCUCAUCGAAGAGAACUCCCUGCGAGCCAAGCUGGAGCUGGUGGGACAGAGGCUGCGUUCGCUGCCGGAGGUCGAGGGUGAGGGCACCCUGGCAGCGAAGGAAGGGCCGAAGGUGGAGCUGGAGAAAUUCGGGGAGCAAGUUCCCACCCAUACCCAGAGCAGCUCAGAGGACGGCGAUGACAGAGGAGAGGUCGGGAGCCAGGGAUGGAGGCGCGGUGGGCAGAGAGGGAGACAGAGGGGAUGAGGAUGUCCCCAGAGCCCCUCGGACAGAGGGUCCGUGGGGAGCAGGCCCCCUGCCCCACGCCGGGUGGUGACGGUGACAGGGCAAACGUAGCUGAGGACCCGCAGCUUCACUCUCUGCACCUGCCUGCCAGGAGGAGGAAGCACCUGGAGCCGCCAGUGGAGCUGGACCUGACGCCCCGCUAGUCCAGCAGGACCCACCUGGUCCCCAGUGAACUUCAAGGCCCACCGAGAAAUAAAGGCAGUGAUUUCAGACAGUCCUCCACCCGCUCGGCUUU